UGGUUUCAGUUCACAGUCACAUCAAUUGGACAUGGUGAAUCCUGAAUAAAUUCGCGAAAGAGGAAGCUCUAGACUCCUUCUGGCAUUAGAGAUAUGGAGAACCAGUCUCUGCAGGACUUCCAGGACUUGUGCACUUUUGAGAGUUUUACGAGUUUCUGGCACUAUUAUGGUUACGGAGUUGAUCAGCAAGAGCUGAUCGAUCGAGAAUUUAAAAGGAUUAAAGGGAUUACAUACCUUGAUCAUGCAGGGGCAACGUUAUUUCCUGAAUCUCAGAUUAAGGGAUUUCAUGAGGAUAUAGCUAGAAAUGUUUAUGGCAAUCCUCACAGUCAUAAUCCUAGCAGUAGACUAACGCACGACACUGUGGAAAGUGUCCGAUACAGGAUACUGGAACAUUUUAAUACAUGUCCUGAAGAAUACUCAGUGAUUUUCACAUCAGGAUGUACUGCAGCACUGAAAUUAGUUGCCGACUCUUUCCCCUGGAAAUCCUUGUCGACAGAGGGGCCUGGAAGUCAAUUCUGCUACCUCACUGAUAAUCACACCUCAGUGGUGGGCAUUCGUGGUGUGACUGCCCUCCAGGGAGCUGGUACGGUUCCUGUUCAACCUCACGAAGUGGAAGCAAGAGCUAAAAACCCUCAAACAUCGACAAAUGGAGAUCAGGACUGCUCUACACCUCAUCUGUUCUGUUAUCCUGCUCAGAGUAACUUCUCAGGCAGAAAGUACCCCCUGAGUUAUGUGAAAGGAAUUCAAUCUCAGCAGCUCUAUCCCGCAUGUGAGCACCCAGGUCGAUGGUUUGUGCUCCUCGAUGCUGCCUGUUUUGUUAGCUGCUCACCCUUGGACCUAAAGAAGUAUCCCGCAGAUUUUGUGCCAAUAUCUUUCUACAAAAUGUUUGGCUUCCCGACUGGACUGGGAGCCUUGCUGGUAAGGAAUGAAGCAGCUGGGUUCUUGAGAAAGAGUUACUUUGGUGGAGGCACAGCAGCAGCCUAUCUUGUGGAAGAGAACUAUUUUGUACCAAAGCCAAAUGUAGUUAGCAGGUUCGAGGAUGGCACGAUCUCCUUCCUUGACAUUAUUUCUCUCCAUCAUGGUUUUGAAACACUUAAAAAACUUACAGGAAGUGUUCUCAACAUUCAGCUUCACACAUUUGGUUUAGCGCGAUACACCUUCAUUGUACUUUCAUGUCUGCGUCAUAGCAAUGGAAAGCCUGUUGCACAGAUCCACUGUGAUAAUGAGUUUCAGAAUAUCGCUGAACAGGGUGCAAUCCUCAACUUUAACCUACUGGACUGUCAGGGACGAACAGUAGGGUAUUCUCAGGUGGACAAAAUGGCCAGUCUCUUCAACAUUCAUAUUCGCACAGGCUGUUUUUGUAACACAGGUGCUUGUCAACGUUAUCUGGGCAUCAGCAACCAAAAUGUGAAGAGCAACCUGCAGGCUGGUCAUGUCUGUGGAGACAACAUUGAUCUGGUUGAGGGACGUCCCACAGGAUCCCUCCGUGUAUCUUUUGGGUACAUGUCCAGCUUUGAAGAAUGUCAGAACUUUCUUCGGUUUAUUGUGAACUGUUUUGUAGACAAACCACUUAUACUGGAUCAAGAGAGACUGGGGAGGCUAAAGUCAGCUUCACCAAUGGAGUCAUCAGCUUCUUAUUACUCAACAUCAAUACCAAAUAGCCAUCUUGGUCAUGAGAAUGGGCAGGUUAUCACCUCUUCUGGUGUUAAAGAAACACUAUCGGAAGAUGAUUUGUCAAAAGAAGGAAAGAACAAUGACAAUUACCAUACACUAACUAAUCUCUUUAUCUAUCCUGUCAAAUCAUGUGCUUCAUUUGAGGUGACAGAGUGGCCAUUGGGACCACAGGGUUUGUUGUAUGACCGUUUGUGGAUGGUUGUGAAUGAGAACGGAGUGUGUCUGAAUCAGAAAAGGGAGCCUAAGCUGUGUCUGAUCCAACCUGUCAUCUGUCUGGCCUCUAACACACUGCGGCUGGAGGUCUCAGGGAUGGAACCAGUCACCAUUCCCUUGGAGACCAGCCUAGAGAAUUCAGAUCUAAGAUCAUCCCAAAGCAAAGUCUGUGGUGACAGGGUACAGACAGUGGAAUGCGGGGAGGAAGUUUCUGCCUGGCUUUCCAAAUUCCUUGAAAAACCUUGUCGUCUUAUAAGACAAAGACCUGAUUUCCUGCGUGACAUGAAAAUUGGCCAAAAAGCAGGGGACUGUUGCCCCACUGCUCUCUCAUUGGUAAAUGAGGCUCAGUUUCUGCUUAUUAAUAGAGCAAGUGUGUCUUUUCUGCAGGAACGCAUUGACAACAGGCAGGACAGUGACAAUGAAGCCAUUUGUAUCGACAUGGAGCAGCUCAUUCAGCGUUUCCGUCCGAAUCUUGUCAUCUCAGGACAGGAGCCUUUUGCGGAGGAGGACUGGUCUCACUUGAUAGUAGGAGGCACACAGUUUCAGGUAAUGGGGAGAUGUGGUCGCUGCCAGAUGAUUGGGGUUGACCAAAAAUCUGCCACUAGGACUCAGGAACCCCUCAGGUCACUUUCUGAGUGCAGAAGUGGAAAGGUGACUUUUGGUGUUUACUUGGCUCAGCAAUCAAUGAGGUACUCCACUGCUGUACCCGUCUUAUCCGUAGGGGACCUUGUUAUUCCGCAGCUAUCAGAAUCAGCUGAUUAACUUAAGAAAUCUCAGUCUUUUUAGAUUCAUUUUUAAACUUUGCUGACAGAUAUCAUUCAUGUAUUAUAUGCGAUAUAUUGUAAUGAUGUCAUAUGCUAUUAGAAAAGACAUACCAUAAACAUUUUUAUACUCAAAAUAAAACAUAAAGCAGAUUGUUGUUACUUUUAAACAUGCACACGAAUCAAUCAGUUGUGGGAUCAUCAUUUUUUUUUUUUAUGAAUCCUCUAUUUCCACAGCACAACAAAUAAGCUGUCAAAUCAGAUGUUAGGUACCAAAUGGGGUUAGGCGCAUCACUGUGUUGACAUUAUACAGUAUAUAUACCCCGUGCAGUUUCAACAGAUGAAAUUCACCAAUACUGUAUCUUCUAGAGCUCAAAAAUAUUGAAUUGGGAAUCUGGUAGACUAGCAUCAUUGUGGUGAAAGGUUGCAGGUAUGAGUGUCUGUUACUGGCUUGAGGAAGUUUCAUUCUACACAACAUUACCUCAAUAUACUUGCCAAUGCAACCUGCAGAAGUUGAAGCUAGGAUCUAUUUUAUUUUUAUUACAUAACAUUUAUGAUUUAAGCAGGCACCUUUUUCAACCAAAACUACAAUAAGUUAAUUUUACCCGUGAGUAGAAAUAUGCGUCUCUAACUGUGAAUGUAUGUGCCAUUAUGAGAAAUUAGACCGAAAAUUGUUUAAACCAUUAUUAUAAAAGGUUCUCAGCUAUUU